UUUGCUUGAAACAACAACAACAUAAUAACAAAACUCGAAACGUUAAAAAUCGUAGGAUCGUUCGGGUUUACGAGAGAUCACUUCUUUUCCAUCCACAGCCGAUGCACGCACACAUCGCUCGCUCUGAUGGUGAAAUUAUGUGGUACAUACAAUUGUACGAAAGUUCGUCAGUUACAAAGACUUGCCAAAGCCAACCAGAUGUGGGAUAUCUGACCGCCUGAACUAGCAGAGAACUGACUCGCACCCAGAAGCUGUGAUGUAUGCCAUUCACAAGCAGUCUCACCCUUCUACAGGGAUAGAGCAUGCCAUUUACUGUAACUUCUUCUCCCCCAGGGAGAAGAACCUGGUUACAGCUGGUGUUAACCAGCUUCAUGUAUACAGACUGUUUCCAGAUGUUGAGGCUGAAAUACCACUUGAUACAUUAACAGACAAAGAUCUUCAGGGAAAGAAGUGUAAGCUAGAAUGCUUAGCUUCCUACUCCCUGUUUGGGAAUAUCAUGUCCAUGCAGAGUGUGAAGCUGGCAGGUGCUCACAGAGAUGCCUUACUGCUCAGCUUCAUGGAGGCCAAGCUAGCCCUUGUGGAAUAUGACCCGGGCACUCAUGAUCUGAAGACGUCAUCUCUCCAUUAUUUCGAGGACAGUGAACUCAAGGAGGGUAAGCUUGACUGUCAGGACCUGCCGCUGAUCCGCGUGGACCCAGAUGGACGCUGUGCCGCUAUGCUGAUAUACGGUCACAAGCUGGUGGUGUUACCCUUUAGGCGGGAGGUCAGCACAGAUGAUACAGAUACAGUCAUGGGAUCCAGCAAAUCUCCAAUUAUGUCGUCCUACAUCAUAGACCUGAAGAGGCUGGACGAGAAGAUCACAAAUGUACUGGACGUUCAGUUUCUACACGGUUACUUUGAACCCACGCUCUUCAUCUUGUAUGAACCUCUUAAGACAUGGUCUGGCCGUACGGCCGUCAGGACAGAUACCUGCUGCAUUGUUGCCAUUUCCCUGAACAUCCUGGAGAAGGUUCACCCGAUCAUCUGGUCACUCAGUAAUCUCCCUUUUGACUGCUUCAUGUCACUGGCUGUCCCAAAACCUGUGGGUGGUGUGUUGGUGUUUGCGGUGAACUCACUGCUCUACCUCAAUCAAAGCGUUCCUCCAUACGGUGUUUCUGUCAACUCUAUACCGGACUCCUGCUCACAAUUUCCUCUCAAGCCCCAGGAAGGAGUGCGCAUGGCCUUGGACUGCGCCCAGGCUGCUCUCAUAUCCAAUGACAAACUCGUCCUGUCUCUCAAAGGGGGAGAACUGUACGUCCUGACCCUGGUUGUAGAUGGGAUGAGAAGUGUUCGCAGUCUGCAUUUUGACAAAGCUGCAUCCAGUGUCCUCACAACAUGUAUGUGUGUCUGUGAGGAGGGUUAUUUGUUCCUGGGAUCCAGGCUUGGGAACUCCCUCUUACUGAAAUACACAGAGAAAGCUCAGGAGGGCUCAGAACCUAAGGUGGACCCUGCCCCUAAACGACAGGAACCUCCAGCCAAGAAAAAGAAGCUGGAUACAGGAGAAGUUAUGGCCUCUGACAUCUCGCAACUUGAUGACCUGGAUGAACUGGAGGUGUAUGGCACUACAGAGUCCCAAGCCGGUACCACCAUCCUCUCUUUUGUCUUUGAGGUAUGUGACAGCAUUCUGAACAUUGGCCCCUGCGGACAGAUCACCAUGGGAGAGCCUGCGUUCCUGUCAGAGGAGUUUAGCCACAGUAUUGACCCGGACCUGGAGUUGGUGACAACAUCAGGGUAUGGAAAAAACGGUGCUCUUUCAGUGCUGCAGAGAACAAUCCGUCCCCAGGUGGUGACAACCUUUGAACUUCCAGGCUGCGUGGAUAUGUGGACAGUGUUUGGCCCCAAAACAGAGGUCACUGCUGAAGAGAAGAAAGACAACAGUCUGACAGAGAGGGAUAAGCAAGGGGAGGAUAAAGCAGGGCAGGAGGAGCAAGAGGGUGAGGAGACGCCCAAAGACAUGGAGGGGGGACAUGCCUUCCUCAUCAUGAGUAGAGGCGAGUCCACAAUGAUACUGCAGACUGGGCAGGAGAUCAUGGAAUUAGACCACAGUGGGUUCAGUACCCAGGGCCCCACCGUCUACGCCAGUAACAUCGGUGAUGACAAGUAUAUCGUCCAGGUGUCGCCCAUGGGGGUGCGACUGUUAGAGGGAGUGAAUCAGCUGCAGCACAUCCCUAUAGACGUGGGAUCUCCCAUCAUUCACUGCUCUGUAGCUGACCCGUACGUGAUUAUCCGCAGUGAAGAGGGCCAGAUGAUGUUAUUGACACUGCGUGAAGACAUAUUUGGCACAGGUGUGCGCCUUUCCAUCAUCAAGCCUCAGCUCCCUCAGAAAUCCAAAGUGAUAGCGAUGUGUGCGUAUAAGGAUGUGAGUGGGAUGUUCACCACCACCAUGGCAGACCCUAACCCCAGACCUGCCCCAGAGGUGAAGACCACUAAGCCCUCAUUUGAGCACUCCUUCAGCCUGGACAGAAGCAACAUUGACGAUGAAGAUGAGAUGCUGUACGGGGACACUGAUACAUCGGCCUUUAACUCCACACUAAACGACAGUGUGAAUGAACCCAAAAGCUCCAGCACUGUGACCUUCAGGAAAUCUGUCAAGCCUACAUUCUGGGUGGCCAUUUGCAGGGAGAACGGAUCUUUUGAGAUUUGGAGUUUGCCUGACUUCAAGCUGUGUUACUAUGUGAAGAGUUUCCCUAUAGGAGCCAAAGUUUUAGUGGACAGUGGUCAGUUGACGUCCAAAUCUAGUGAGCUGGGACACCUGGGAUCAAAACCCAGGCUGGAUCAUACCAAUGAAUUACCUGUAGUUAAAGAGCUCCUUCUGGUCGGAUUGGGAAAUAGGAACAGUCGGCCAUAUUUGUGGUAAGGUCCAUAGUAUUGUGCUCGAGUCGAGGAGGAACUCUUUGUGUAUGAAGCAUUUCCUUUCCACCAGUCAAAAUCUGACCUGAAUCAUUUGAAGAUUCGCUUCAAGAAGUUUCAGCACAAUUUGUUACUGCGAGAGAGAAAGCAGCAGCGCUACAAGAAGCGUGAUCCUCUGGAUCCAGAUGAGGGGGCCUCCAAAGAAGGCUGCGUAGCAUUACUGCGAUACUUUAAUGAUGUUUCGGGCUACUCAGGAGUGUUUGUGUGUGGGUCGUACCCCUACUGGCUCUUCAUGACCCCCAGGGGAGCCCUUCGCACCCACUCCAUGAACAUUGACGGCCCCGUCUCUUGCUUCUCAACGUUCCACAACGUCAACUGUCCCAAGGGAUUCCUCUACUUCAACAAACAGGGAGAGCUGCGCAUAUCUGUGUUACCCACUCACCUGACCUACGAUUCCCCGUGGCCAAUGAGAAAGAUACCGCUAAGGUGCACACCUCACUUCAUUGCUUAUCAUCAAGAGAGUAAGACCUACUCCGUUGUUACAAGCACGAUGGAACAUUGUAACAGAGUUGUUCGAGUAUUAAAUGAUGAGAAAGAUUUUGAAGUGGUUGAGAAAGAUGACCGUUUUGUGUACCCGUUCUUAGACAAGUUUUCAGUACAGCUGUUUACACCGGUCAGCUGGGAACUCGUACCAAAUGCCAGAAUUGACCUGGAUGAGUUUGAACAUGCGACAUGUCUCAAGCAUGUGUCACUCAAAUCUGAGGGGACUGUCUCAGGGCUGAAGGGAUACAUCGCCGUGGCAACGAAUUAUUCAUAUGGGGAGGAGCUUCAGUCCAGAGGAAGGAUCAUCAUUUUUGACACCAUUGAAGUCGUUCCUGAGCCUGGACAACCUUUGACUAAAAACAAAAUAAAGGUGAUUUAUGACAAGGAACAGAAAGGCCCAGUCACUGCCCUUGCUCAGGUCAAUGGGUUCCUGAUCUCCGCUAUAGGACAGAAGCUGUUCAUGUGGACACUGAAGGACAAUGAUCUGAUGGGCGUGGCAUUUAUAGACACCCACAUUUACAUCCACACCAUCGUCACCCUGAAAAACAUGAUCCUAGCAGGAGACCUGCUGAAGAGCGUGACACUGUAUCGCUACCAGACAGACAUGAAGGUCCUGUCUGUGGUAAGCAGGGAUGUAAAACCAAGGGAAGUGUACACAACUGAUUUCAUGGUAGACAGUACCCAGAUGGGAUUUCUUGUGACUGACAGAAAUAAGAAUAUGAUCCUGUUCGCCUAUCAGCCAGAAGCCCGUGAAAGCCAUGGAGGUCAAAGGUUACUGAGGAAGGGAGACUUCAAUAUAGGCUCGACAGUCAACUCCAUGUUUCGGGUACGCUGUCGUCUGUCAGACUUUGCUCAAGAAAAGAAAGCCCAAAGUCUGAUGGACAAAAGACACAUUAACUAUUACGCUACUCUUGACGGCAGCCUGGGUUUCUUGUUACCCAUCCCAGAGAAGGUUUACAGGCGGUUACUUAUGUUACAGAAUGCCCUGGUACUUCAUAUUCCUCACACAGCUGGACUGAAUCCCAGGGCUUACAGAGUUGUGAACAGUGCCAUGCCAGAGUUGUACAACCCACAGAAGAACAUCUUGGACGGGGACCUGCUAUGGAAGUUUACAAACUUGGGCGUGGGGGAGCAGAGUGAAAUUGCUAAGAGGAUCGGCACCACCAGUGAGCAGAUCCUGGAUGACAUGUUAGACAUUGACCGCAUGACAGCUCACUUCUGAUUGGUCAAAGUUGGUCAGAUUUGAAUUUUUCCUGUCACAACGUCCUAUUGGUGGAGCAGAGUUUACCAGCUGACCUAGAUGUUGUCCAGAUUCCCUGUGUAGACUCACUUUAUGAGGCC